GAACGCCCUACAAGAAAAACCUACUAGCAAAAACUUUGCCAAUCUUUGCAAAGUAAUGCUGACACAGAUCGUCAUUUUUAACAGAAGAAGAGAGGGUGAAGUGUCCAAGAUGGAAAUCCAGUCUUACACGUCUAGAGACCAAACACCAAUGCACAAAGAUAUCGCAGCUGGGCUCAGUGACUUUGAGAAAAAGCUUUGUGGUUAUUUUCAAAGAGUGGAAAUACGUGGUAAGAGAGGGAGAAAAGUACCAGUGUUGCUGACCCCUGAUAUGGUUGUGGCUGUGGAUUUCCUUAUAAGAAUGAGAGAAAGGUGUCAAGUUCCUGUUGAAAACAAGCAUUUAUUUGCUCGUCCAGGUGCUCUGUCUCACUAUCGGGGUGCAGACUGCAUUCGCCUGUAUGCCAAAGAAAGUGGAGCAAAGCAUCCAGAAGCCCUUUGCUCAACAAAGCUACGUAAGCAAGUUGCCACGUUGUCCACAGUAUUAAACCUUAAAGACAAUGAGAUGGAUCAAUUAGCCAACUUCCUUGGCCAUGAUAUUAGAGUUCAUCGGGAGUUCUACCGCCUCCCUGAAAGCACUUUACAGCUUGCAAAGAUUAGCAAGGUCUUAAUUGCUAUGGAAAAAGGGAGACUGCCCGAACUCCAGGGCAAAGGAUUAGAUGGCAUAACAAUAGAUCCUCAAGAUGAAAUGGAUGUCUCCAGCAACAGUUCCAGUGAUGAGGCAGAACUGCAAACUUCAAGUUGCAGAAGUCAAGAGAAUGAGGAUCAUAUGAAUGCAGGCAACCUGCAAGACGAGGGACCUCAAGAUGAGGGACUCGAGGUGUCUUCAAAGAAAAAGGCAAAAAUGGGCUCCCAGAAAGCACAUGUGGGUAGACCUAAAUCCCCCUCCAUUGUAGACUUGGAUGUUGCCCAUCUCAAACCAGGUAACUGUUUGAGAUUAUGAGA